AUGCCCAACGUCAGCUUCGUGAGCGAGUUCCUCCUGCUGGCAUUUGCAGACACACGCGAGCUGCAGCUCCUGCACUUCACGCUCUUCCUGGGCAUCUACCUGGCUGCCCUCCUGGGCAACGGCCUCAUCCUCAGCGCCGUAGCCUGCCACCACCGCCUCCACACCCCCAUGUACUUCUUCCUCCUCAACCUCGCCCUCCUCGACCUGGGCUGCAUCUCCACCACUCUGCCCAAAGCCAUGGCCAAUGCCCUCUGGGACACCAGGGCCAUCUCCUAUCAAGGCUGUGCUGCACAGGUCUUUCUCUUUGUCUUCUUGAUGUCAUCGGAGUAUUUCCUUCUCACCAUCAUGGCUUAUGACCGCUACGUUGCCAUCUGCAAGCCCCUGCACUACGGGAGCCUCCUGGGCAGCAGAGCUUGUGCCCAGAUGGCAGCAGCUGCCUGGGGCAGUGGCUUUCUCAAUGCUGUCCUGCACACAGCCACUACAUUUUCCCUGCCCCUCUGCCACGGCAAUGCUGUGGACCAGUUCUUCUGUGAGAUCCCCCAGAUCCUCAAGCUCUCCUGCUCAGAUGCCUACCACAGGGAAGUUGGGGCACUUGUGUUUAGUGUUUCUUUAACAUUUGGUUGCUUUGUUUUCAUUGUGCUGUCCUACAUGCAGAUCUUCAGGGCAGUGCUGAGGAUGCCCUCUGAGCAGGGCCGGCAUAAAGCCUUUUCCACGUGCCUCCCUCACCUCACUGUGGUCUCCCUCUUUGUCAGCGCUGUCAUGUUUGCCUACCUGAAGCCCCCCUCCAUCUCCUCCCCAUCCCUGGACCUGGUGGUAUCAUUUCUGUACUCAGUUCUGCCUCCAUCAGUGAACCUCCUUAUAUACAGCAUGAGAAAUAAGGAGCUCAAGGAGGCACUGAGGAUGUUAUUGAAAUAUUCAGUAUUUCAGAGAGGAACCCAUCUUCUGCAUCUGAUUCCCUGA